UGGCAGUAGUGGUUUUGGAGUGAUCCUCUUGACACCGCGGCUCGUCAGAGGGCGGCUCUUUGACUGCUCUUUACGCAUCAUUAUAAAGGCUUAGCGCCCUCCCUCUGCGCGCUGUCCCGCUCCGCAGCUGCGAGCCCUCAGUGUCUGGAUCUACGUGGUAGAUAGAUGGGCUACAUGCCACACGCCAUUAGCCUACAGGCUGCAAAGAUUCAACGUUUGAUUUCACGUUUUUUGCCGUUGUUCUCCUUCCUGUUCUUCUUCUUCUUCUUCUCGGGGCUUCUUCUUUUUUUCUCCUCUGCUUGGAUACCACUGACUUAGGCAUUGGACAUGUGCACACAGGAUGAUGACAACCCCUUUCCUCCCCGUAGAAGUAAAAUAAAAUAGGCUUUCGCACACACUGGAUUUACUCCUGUCGUUCCAUAUGAAGAAGCCAAAAAUUUGGAUACGCGUCUGUGUCCAUUUACUGCUGUUCAUCACGCUUGGGGUACAUUCAAGUAAAUUUGACGUCAACCCAGUGACAGAUGACAUCGCUAGUCUCUCUAUUUUGAGACAAAAUAUUCCUAAAGAUUACAAAAUUCCUGUACACUACGUUCCUAAAGAAGAGGGAGGGAUGUGUUGGGUAAAAUUAAACAUCUUCUACUUGGAGGAGAGUUUACAAGAUUUAGCACAUAAGUUUGGAAACAUUUCAUCCAACAGAAAAGAUAUUAGCAUAUUCAUCCAAAUGCUCCAAGAACUGCGGCUCAACAUGGGGUCUCUGGAGCCCAUCAUGUAUGACUUUGAGUGCCACUACAGGGAAGAAAGGUGGCAGACAGCGCGAUACUUUGACUUUGUCAAAGACUUCCUUAUAGCUGCACAGAAUAAAGAAGAUUCAGAUGACUGUGACCCUCCUCCCUGUCCCACCACACCAUACUCAGUAACAACAGAAAAAUAUUUAGAAGAAUCACAACCGUCCAGCUCGGAGUGUGCAACAGGUUGCAGUCCAAAAUAUGAACAGAGCGCCCUGACUGAGGUGGUGGAGCGAAGCCUUCUCUCCUUACUGUUCAUCCCCCUCAUAGCUCUCGUAUUCCUGCUUGUGUGGAAGGUCCGAUCACGGAGGAACGAGGAGGAUCUUCAACAGAAUCCUGGAGAAGGUGGACUCUUCACAGGAACAGAAGCGACUGCACCUCCACUAGAUGCUGAAAUAUCAGAAAAAAACAAGUUGCACGUCAUUGAAAUAGUGUAACGCCUCUACCCUUCGAUGUUCUUCAGCGUGAUUGGACUCUACUCUUUUCUCCUCUUGGUGUCCAAAGGUGAUGAAAAACAAACACAAAGCUGUACUCCAUAGCGACAUCUCAAAGGUAAAAGGCCUGUUUUUGACUGCGCUCGUAAACGACGGCAGAUUCACGAUCGCCAUGACCAACAUUCCUCUGGAUAAACCACGCCUGCUACCGUAUGGAUAAGCUUGCCUUUCUUGUAAGACUGCAUUAACCCCAUGCUUUUGAAAAAGACUGACAUUUUAGCAGAGAGCCCCCCGUACCACACCCCCACUGGAUUCUCUUGCUCCAUCAGAACCUGCUGCAUCAUGAACUCUUCAGGGAGAGACCCCCCCCUCCCCUCCCCCACCCCCCCCCUCAGCACAUUGCUACAGUCUGCCUGCGUUUUUUGGACCCACCAGUUCAUCUUCAGACAGCACAGCAGAGAGUGACACUGACACUGGUAUCUCCUGUAUGAACUGAGGCAUGAAUUACUACCUCCGGUGACCCUCACGUUAACCACAUCUUCAACAGCUCUGCAGUUUGAUCUUAGUCCAGGGUUUUUCCUAAAGAAUAUAAUGUUAAACAUUGUAGUGCCAAGGUGUAGUCACAGUGUCUGGUUUAGGCGUGUACCCGCGGGGGUGUGUGAUGUAUUUAUUUAUUGGUAGCAGCACUGAGCUGCUGCUGUUGAUGAAAUGUUUCAAGCAAUCAUUUAAGAGCACCUCUACUAAUGGGUCACAUUUAAAGAACAGUCUACAGUAUAUACUAACACAUCGUAAACCCCAAAAACACACUCUCCUGAACAAGUUACAAUUCCUUGUAUGAUGUUGUUGUUGUCGGUGUUUAUGAGUCGGGUGAUUUAGGUUGUGUGAAUGGAUUACAUGGAGAACAGAACAUAUAUAUAUAUAUAUAUAUAUAUAUAUAUAUAUAUAUAUAUGUAUAGAUAGAUAGAUAGAUAGAUAGAUAGAUAGAUAUAUACAGAAUAUGCUGCUUUGACUAACUUUCAUUUAGACCACUGAAAUCUGCAAUGACAUUCUGCUAACGAGCUUCAGGGAUGACUCCUGUGGAUCCAGGAUUUUAUUUGAAAUUUGGAAAUUAGGGGUGCGUUCGGAAAGACUCUGAGUGCCAGGGCGCACUGGCACAAACUGGACUGCUCAGAAAUUUGGAGCGCUGUUGGAGAGUACCGUUCGCAUAUUCAGAACACUACACUCUCGGAGCAGCAGAGCGCUGAGCGGAGUGAGCAUGUGAUUAAUUUAACCGUUAGUUAAUUCACAUAGAAACCGAAUGCUCUGUUACUCUGAACAACAGCACUCUCAUUUUAGUGUACUGGACUUACGAACACACCCUCGGUGUUAGACGCGUGUGAAAUGGGCCUCCCAUCGUAAAUUUUAGCUUGACAAUGCCUUUAUUUUUUGUACUGAUCUCACCUUUUAUGCUUGUGAAGCAAAACUGUUACAGGGGAGAUUUUUGACGGCCAUUCCUCUAAAAAAGGAAGAGAAACUAUAUCGUUAAAUUUUUUUAAAAAGCAAGUAACACAGUUUGUACGAAAAUAAAGUUGAUAUACAAAUGCUGUAUAAUCUAACAUUUUAAUUUGAGCAAUCAAUUUCUGCCUGUUUACUUAGCAACUAAAUAUGAAUCGAGCCCAUUAGCUUGGACUGUUCACGCUUAUGGUUUAAUCUGUUCUUACUGACUCUGCCUUUGUCCAGUAUCAGUGUUGUGUUUGCAUAAUAAAACCCAUAAAUUUGACAUAAAUUUGAUGAUGAAAUGCUGAAGGAUUACUCCACUGUUGAUGAAAUUUGCAGACAUGCACCUUAGUUAUUGUCACAGUCCUCAAAGCUCGCCACAUGGGAAUGCCGUGCAGACCUAAAUAUCAAUUUUGCCUUAAAGUUGCACCAUAUUACACUGUCAGAGGAAGUGCGCCGUCAUCUCCUUCACAUACUGAACUGUGUCACAGUGGUGUAAAUUCUAAAAGGUUUUUUUUUUUUUCUUUUCAAAGAAGCGUGCUGACGUUUAGAGUUGUUUCUCUGGGGUGUACAUAGAUCCAUGUGAACGGCAGGAGAUCACUGAACUGGUAGUCAAACCCAAUCAGUUGACAUGACAUUGUUAAACUGACAUGUAUCUGGCAACAGCAAUUGCAGAAGCCCUCAGGCUCAUUCACAUAUUAAAUCCGCGGGCCCCUCCCUGCCUCUUGUUAUGCAUUCUCACAUCAGAUAAGUUUCGGAGCUGGGGUUGCUCCUUCUCUCAGUGAUAGCAGAUCUUAUCAGGGGUGUGAAGAGAGGCAAAGUAAACAGGGGAGGCUCCCACAAAGUACGGCAGGUUCAUGAUGGAUUCUAGAAAGGGCUGGGCAAUACCGAGAAAAUCAGGUGUUACCAUAUUUGUGACCACAAACCUUGAUGUCAAUAAUGCAGCCAUUUUGUAGAGUAGACUGUCGGUGCCGUCACAGAAUAUUUCCACAAUGAGAUUUUUGAUCAGUAAUGAGGAUAUCAUGACUAAGGCCUCAAUCAGACAAAGCGCUUUUGCAGCUUGUUGUGUUUCUUUUAUUGUUGCUCGACAACCACCGACUCACCUGUCCGCAGCCAACAUGUCCUCAUACAGUGGUUUGUUUGAUAUCCUAUGAACUAGCACCCCACAAAUGACAUUAUGUCCUUGAUGUAAAGUUACAGAUGUUAGGUUUAGGUAAGUAAAGUCACUGUUGUUAGUUUAAGGAAAAACAUAGUGAGGACAUUCUUAAAAUAACUCACACUCGGUUCUGAACAUCAGUGUCCUCGGAGAAAGUCCUGUAUUUUCUAACCCAACCUGUCUCCUAACUGGACUGCUCGGGACUUCCUCCUCCUUUACUCCCAUCAGCUCAUUGGUCCCAGCCUUCCAAAAUACAUGGGUUAUGCUUAUGCACAAAUUACUGGCUUAACAUUACGUGGGAUAUGUACAAACUUUGGUGCAUUACCCUCCGUAGGAAAACAGUGGAUGCCGGCUUUAGCUUAUCCACCGUUUAGCUGUGAAUUAAACUAAAUAAUUGAGAGGCGGGGGGGGGGGG